AUGCUCUUCUCAACACUAUCAGCCCUCGUCCUCGCGGCGACGGCAUCCGCCCACAUCGUCAUCUCCUACCCGGGCUGGCGCGGCAACAACCUCAUCACCAACGAGACCUACCCCUACGGCAUGCAAUGGACCUACCCAUGCGGCGGCCACGGCGUCACGAAGAACCGCACCUACUGGCCCACGACCGGCGGCGCCAUCGCCUUCCAGCCCGGCUGGUUCCAGGGCCACGCGCAGGCCUUCAUGUACGCCAACAUGGGCUUCGGCACCGACGGCCCGGACGGCGGGCCCGCCAACAUGUCCCACCCCAUGGUCCCCGUCUUCCAGAUCCUCGGCCCCAGCAAGAACCCCUACCCGGGCACCGUCUGCCUGCCCCAGGUGCCGCUGCCGGUGAACACGACCGUCAAGGCCGGCGACCACGCCACCAUCCAGAUCGUCGAGCUCGCUAUGCACGGCGCUGCGCUGUUCUCAUGCGUCGACAUCGAGUUCGCCGAGCCCGGCGACCCCAAGAUCGCAAAGGUCAACGAGACCAACUGCUUCAACUCGACCGACAUCGGCUUCGCGGACGUCUUCACCAUCACGACGAGAGAGUCGGGCCAGGGCUACGCCGCGGCGACGUCGGGCGCCGCGGGGCUGCGAUCCGUGCUGGGGACGGCCGGCUGGGUCCCGCUCGUCGUCGGGGCGCUCUGGGCGGCGCUGUAG